UUAUGUGACUACGCUGAUACACAUCUUCAAGGGCAACAUUGGACCUGGACUCUUCGCCAUGGGUGAUGCCUUCAAAAAUGGUGGCCUAAUAUUGGGACCCAUUCUACUGGUGGUCAUCGGCGUUAUAUCGGUGCAUUGUCAGCAUGUGCUCGUUAAUUGCUCGGAAAAGAUGCGAACUCUUACCAACGGCUUGGUGUGUGCCGACUAUGCCGAUACUGUGGAACAGUGUUUCGCCAAUGGGCCAGUCAAGUUGCGUGCUUGGUCGAAAAUGAUGAGAACCAUAGUGAAUAUAUUUAUAUGUGUUACCCAAUUAGGGUUCUGUUGUAUAUAUAUGGUUUUCAUAAGCACAAAUAUGAAACAGAUCUUUGAUGCCUACAAAAUCGAAAUAGAUGUACACCUUGUUAUGUUAAUCAUAUUCGUGCCCAUACUACUAACCUCGCUCAUAACAAAUUUGAAGUGGUUGAUGCCGGUUUCGCUGAUCGCCUCCAUUUGCAUGAUUUUCGGUCUGGCCAUAACAAUAUUUUACGCACUCAAAGACGGUCUACCCAGUCCAUCGGAGCGAAGGCUCUACAAUGAUGGACCACAUUUGGCAUUGUUUUUCGGCACAGCGAUCUUCGCUUUCGAGGGCAUUACUUUGGUGCUGCCACUGCGUAAUGCUAUGCGCAAUCCAACGGACUUUGCACGCACCAUGGGCGUGCUGAAUAUGGGCAUGUGCUUGGUGACAUUUAUGUUCCUAUUUGCCGGCAUUUUGGGCUACCUCAAGUGGGGUGAGGAUGUAGGCGGCAGCUUGACGCUGAAUCUGGGCGAUACAAUCUUGGCGCAAUCCGUGAAGGUAAUGGUGUCAGCCGGCGUGCUGCUCGGCUAUCCGCUGCAAUUCUUCAUCGCCAUACAAAUUAUGUGGCCGAAUGCAAUGCAACUUUUGCACUUGCAAAAUCGUCCCUUCUCCGGCGAGCUGCUCUUUCGCACGAUUAUGGUUGUGCUGACGUUAUGCAUUGCUGAAUUGGUACCCGCACUGGGUCUGUUCAUGUCGCUCAUCGGUGCUUUGUGUUCCACUGCGUUGGCUUUGGUUUUCCCACCGAUGAUUGAAUUGCUUGUGAAGCGUGACGACAACAAAGGACCUGGCGUUUGGCUAUUUACCAAAAACAUUUUGAUACUCGUAUUGGCGUUGAUGGGCUUCUCAACUGGCACCUAUGAAAGUUUAUCACAAAUUGUGACACAUUUUAACGAAAUGAAAUAACAUUUAAGACUUGUGCUGUUAAAUUGUGUAACUCGAAUAGGUAUAUAUAUAUGUAUGUAUGUAU